UGUAUCAUAUACACUAUCUACUUGACCUAUUCUAUAAUACUCAGAAGGGAAGGGAUUACUAUAAAAUUAUAAAAUUGAAAAUUACAAAUGGCCUCCGUUUCCAACUUUCGGCUGCCGUAGUUUUUAAGUGGCAUGGUUACAUAUUAAGAUCAAUCAAGUAGUCGAAACGAACUAUUGAACGAACGAUUGUAAGGCUGUAUAGGUGCCAGUAAAUAUGGGCUUACAAGAUUUACAGGCGUUUUUAGAAAAUGAAGGAGUCGGUGUGGAUUUAUUUCGAAUCGCCAGAACCCAUCCAGGUGGUUUCCGUUUAGUGCUCGAUGCUGAAGGAUGUCUUGAUCGUCUGUACGGUGGCUACUUCUCGGACUGGGCAUGCGGAGGCCAGUGGGCAAGAUGUGUACAAUUUUUAACAACAUUAGCACAGGCCCUUGCUGAUCAUCAAGUAUCCCUAUGUGUUUGUUUUAAUGGAGCUCACCCAACACCUCCAGCCUUACCACAACACUGGAUCCAAACACAGGCUACACACAGACAGAGAGUCAAUUCUGUUCUCCGCCAUGUUGUGACCAAGGGCACACCUCCACCAAAAGUGUGGUGGGUACCUCCAACUGGAUUGCACUCUUGCCUUAGAACUGCUUUGAGAUACCUCAAUAUUCCCAUUAUGGUGUCAUCAGAUGACCACUGUCAAGAAGUAGUCGGCUUAUGUCGAGAGAAGGCAUAUGCUGGUUUAGUGGGUUGCUCUGGUGAAUAUUUAGUUUUCCAGCCUCCUAGAUAUUUUAGUUCAUCGCAAUUAAAGCUAACAUACAGGUCUUCAUUGGAAACUAAGGAAUAUAUGGUUCAUGAACUUCCUAAAGUACUUGAUGUGCCUCAAGACCGAUUGUGCCUAUUUGCAGCCCUUUUAGGCGGAGUGAUUCUGUCUGAAAAUGGUUUGACUGACUUUUACAAACGUCUUGGAAUUAAUCAAAAGAAGCAACAAGUGCCACCUGAGAACUUAAUAAAAACAAUAGGCCAGUUCGUACAUGAUUUACCAUCAUCGGACAUAGAUGCUGCAUGUAUUGAGGUAUUUGGUGACCUCAAUGAUCUCCGUGCUGCAAAACUAAAGCAAGCCGUACAGUAUUACUUCAAUGGCACCAAAGAUGGAUUUCUAAAAUAUAGAACAGCAUCUGGCCGUCGUCCAAAACCAAACAAAAAGAACCAAAAACCAGACCAAAAUCUGCAAUCAACUUCAUCCGAUAUGGACACCUCGAAACUGGCAACUGAAUCAUCCGAACAUGAGCAAAAAGGCUUGGAAGAUUACAAAUUGGCGACAGUUAACGCGUCAAUGAACGCAGACUUUAGCUUAGAGGAACAUUGUCAUGAGUUGAGUCAUGGCGUUGCGGCGAUGUCUUUGGAAACAGCAGACACACAUACGAAGCAAGUGGCUAAGCCCACUGAAAAAGUGGACAGACCAUCCAAGGAGGGAGUACAAACAAUAAGCGCGCACUUGCAAAGCGAAGACAACUGCCCAUGCGCACCGGCUGAAGUACUACGCACGUGCGCGGAAAGGCACACACGUGGUCUCAUGCACCCACAGAUGCUGUCAAUACUAACCCAUAGACAAAUUACUCUACCAGUGCUCAUGGAAGACGAUAACCAUAGAGAAAUACCAUCAAUUCACCACUUCUACAGGCCGAUUCGACAAAAUGUAUAUGCCAUUGUAUACAAUAUGCAUCACCAUCGAUUCAUGGCUCAUAAGGCCAAAGAGGAAGGAACAGCAAGUACAUCAUUAAAUGAGCGACCUUGUACAGUACAAGUGGCAGAAUGGAUUUAUUCCCGAGUGAAUCCGGGUAAAAGUCAUGAGAUUGUACCGGGCGUUGUACUCGACUGGCCUGUGCCUACCGUGCAAAGACUUUGGUUUGGUACCGCCCAAGAUGACAAGUGCCGUCGUAUGCGUGCGUUCCUAUCGUGCAUGAAGUCUGACACUCCUCUCAUGCUCAACACCUCUUAUGUGCCGCAACAUCUUUUGAUUUUAGCGACUGUAUUAAGAUUCAUUAUGACGUCUCAAAUACAAAUUCUUAGACGGCAAGAAUUGGAUGCAUUUUUAGCGACAGCUUUCUCAACUGAUCUCAUGAACGCUCUGCACUUGCAAGAGAUGACGGUGAAUGGAAUAAGUUCCCGUGGCGUUCAGCUAGGAGCGUUAGUGAUGGCGGGCGCUGAAGUGGCGUUACUGGCGAACGACGCUUGCGGUGCUCCCGUGCCGUGGCUAGUCGCCGCGCCUUGGCUGUACUUCGACGGGAAAUUACUCCAACGUAAUUUACAUCGCGCAAACCAUUGCAAGCACUUGGCGCAGCUAUGCGAUAACCAUCUGGAUACUGUAGUCAAGGUGGAACGCAUGCGCAAAGCAAUCCUCGAAGGUUUAGAGGUGGAGUUUGCGAUGCCCCCCCUGCCACUAGUAGGAGUUGUGGGUGAACCUUUAGGCGGGUGGAGGGGAAGGGGUCGCGGGGCUAGGCUUGAGAUUGCAGGAGUCGUUGUGGGGCAGUGGGGCAACGGCAGCUACCCACCACGUGCUGCCAGAUAUCCGCAGGUCAGCUACGUGGGCUACACGCCCCCUCCUCGUAACGCGUACAGCGGUCGCGGUUGGCGUGGCGGUCGCGGUCGUGGGCGUGGUCGCGGCGCCAUCGGCACCAGAGGGCGUGGACGACGCGUCAGAAGGGACACGGAUGAGCCAGCCAGACCUGCCACUAUUGCUGUUAAUGGAAAAACUGUGAGAUCUGAUGAUAUGAACCUUCUCGCCGAUGAGGGAAGUCCUCAAGAGGAUAACAUCGAUAAUGAUGGUGAAGGAGCUCAGCAACAAAAACCAAAGACUGGAAAAAUUCCCAAGAAAAAUCUGGGAAAGGGGAAAAAGAAAUCGGCUAAGACUGAUGUAGCGCAAUCGUUAGAGGCCAACGGACCUUUAGAUAAGAAGGAUCAAUCCAUGUCUGAAAAGGAGCACAUCGGUCAAGGGGAUGCGCCCGUCUCUAAUUAAAUUGUUUUAUUUAAAGGAAGUAAUUUUUAUGUAUUUAUUUACAGUUUUUAACAUUUAUUUUCUUUUUUUUCCAUAGUUCAGUUUUUUUUAUUGUUAUUUGCAUUCUAUUAAGAUCUGGCGUUAGCUGGAUAAAGGUCUGGGCAACAUUUUAGCACGUAUUUUCAACAGCCUUAAGCUCUCGACACUGUUUUCGAUAUUGGUUAAGAUUGGUCAAUUUAUGCCCGGUUUCUAUUAACAAACUAGCAGGCGUAUUUGCUACGAGUCGUAAGUUUAUGAAUUUGAUAGAAAAAAUCUAUGAUAAUAUCUAUUUUCUCUAAUUAAGGAAUUUCUUAAUUGAGGAAUCUAUUUUCAAAGAUAAUAAUAUUUCAAGCUUGACUCAAGAAUUACUAAGAAAAUCGCCAGCUAAUAAAUAGACUCCUCUAGUCUAUUACAUGUCGAAAGGGUUGUUUAAAAAAAAACUAUGCAAACUUGAUUAACCAAUUAUCGCUAAUGACCUCAGUGUCUGAUUAAAAACAAGCCAUGUAACUGUUAUGAUAAGUUAGUUGCCCCUAAGAUAACUAAUAUACGUGCCUAAACAUCUAAAAGACUUCCCGAAGGUGAGACUGAUUUUUUAAUUUGACACGAUAGUGUUUAAUUAUUAAUAUCGAUGUGACAAGCGAUUUUCGCUUUUAAUGCGACUGAUUUAGAUUUAUCCGGCGUAAAGUCCCUUGUUGAUAGCCUCAAAGUUAAAAUAUACUUUAUUAGAGGAAUAUUAAUAAGGGGUUAAACCUUUGUGUAUGGUGUCUAAACUUAUUAAACACCAAAAUGUAAAAAUACAUGCGGUUACCAUAGCAACGUGUAAUUUCAGAAAAAUCUGUGAUGACUUAUUUUACACAAAGAUUUGUUGACAUUCUCUCUACAUACAACUAAUUUUCAUAAAAACAAAGUAUAAUUUCACUGUUAACUAAAGAACUCUUUUGUCUCUUUCUUAUUAAAAAUGGUGUAAUUAAACUUUUUUUUAUGAAUAAAGGUCCAAGUUAUCUGUUAUUGUGUUGAGAAAAUGUUUGUGAAUCUAUUGUUUAGUGCGCCGGUGAUAUCUGAAUUAAAAGCUAUUUCCAAACAAGACAAGCUCAAUGUUUAGGAUACAAUAAAAGAACAAUAAUAUGAAUAUCCAAUGACAAACCAAUGAAUACAGCUAUGGGGUUCACGAGAUGACCUCCACCAUUAAUGAGACAAGUGAUAUUUGCUAUUAAAAUUACCAAGUUGAGUCAUUUAAAUGGCAUGUUAGCAUAUGAGUCGGCAUUAUUUAUUUACACAUAGUAUAUUUACAAUUUACCAAAAUAUCUUAUUUUUAAGCUCGGUUUAGCCUAUGUAAUCUAAACUCAGUAUUAAAGUGAAUUGACCAUAGAGAAAUUUGGUUUUUAAGUACAAUUUUAGUUUUGUUGAGGUAACUGUCAAAUUACCAUAGAUAAAAUGUAUACUUCUAUGAUAGGAUUUUUUAGCGUUACAAUAAAUUAUGUUUUACUAGAUAAAUUAUGAAAUUUUAAAUUUUCAAUGGAUGUAGAUUAUUUUAACUGAAUAUGUAUAUUUUGAUUUCUGGAUCAUUAGUUUAAGAUGUUUUUUUUAUGAAAUGUAGUUUUGGUACAAUGGAUCUUAGUUUUAUGGUAAACAUUCACUUAAUUAAAAGAUCUUUAAGUUACGUUCGAUUGCAUGGGUUAAACCCAACGUAUUCAGACUUGUUUUUAGGAACUUUGUGUAUAUUUAGGCGUUAUUGAAUGAAUGUGAGAUUGUUUUUAACAUUGCAAUAACUUGCUCUCGAUAUUAUAAGCAUGUUUUUCUCAUAGUAGACGACAGCAAGCUAUUCCAAUGUGGUAUAUUGUUACAAUUGUUGAAAUGGUCCUCCUAGACUUCUUUAUAAUCUAUUUUCGUAUGCACUCGUUUGUCAACAUUUGAUGAACAGUGGUGGGAGGAUAAUUAAAUUAGUGUUAAAAUCGCAUUUAUUGAUUGAUGGUUGGUGCUCUGAAAUUAGUCUGUGGGACUUAAAAUUAGCCUGAAACGAGUCUGAAACUGAUAGAUAUAAGUCUAACGAUAGACGUUUAAUGAAAGUGAAAGAACAUUCGCGUGUUGAGCUUUCCACAUCCUAUAGGGUAUUAUUUGAAUAGAAUAACUUAGAUUUGUUAGUGAUAUAUUUAUAUGCAUUUUAGGAAUCUCAAAACGGCGAAUGUUCUUUAAUUUAUAUGUAUUUUUGUAAAUUUGUUAUAUUGUUAUACUUAAAUUUAGCUGGAAUGACAAAUAUUUAAGACAAAGUCUUAUCACACUACUCUGUUGGUGAAAAUACUGUUUCAACAUCAAAUGUAACAUUCCAUUGAAAACGUUCACGAAGUAAAGUACCGAACGGUUGACACCAAUAGAGAAUGGAACUAAUGAAGACUUUACAAUUUGGAACGCUUUAUUCCCUGGCUGGAACAGAGACAAAUAUGUUGCCACAAUAACAUAUUGAUUUAACAAAGGAAACUUGAUCAGAACUAGUGAAAAAACACACUGCGAACACAAGCUGAAAGUGAUCGCUUAAAGAUGUAAAGCAAACCGACUUCGUAUUAUCGCUGUGGCGAUAGGUUUUAGCUUACGUGUGGUCAGCUCACGCUGGCUCAUUGCGGAAUAGCUACUAGAUAGCACGCGUCUUUACGACGCACACUUAUAUAAACAUUUAUAUAUUAUUGCUUGCUUAUUAAUAAACACAAUAUUGUAGCGUUAGAAUUUAAACUUCAAUGUAAUACAUUCAUUUCGUUAAGGAGUUGUGUAACGUCAAAGCAUGUUAGGGGUUGGUUAUAUUUCAUGGGAUGCAUGUUUAUAUUAGACGGUUUAUAACUAUGGGCACUGUUUACAAACAAUUUUAUUGAACGGAAAUUAUAUUAUAAAUUUCCUUUGUUUUAUGGUAUUUGUGCUAUUUAAAAUAAACUGUCACAUAUUUUAAAUGUAGUACUGUUUCCAAGAAGGAAGGUAGAUUUUAUGUUUCUUAAAACCAAUAUUCCAUAUAGUUUUAGAUUAUUAUUCAACAGUAUACCUUUACUCCAAUUAAACUUAUUUGCUGACAAUGGUCACUUAAUAUUUUGUCAACAUAUAUGAAUAUAUUAGAACUAUUUGUCAUAUUCAUACCUUUUUCGUAAUUGAGUAGCAACAUGGAACUGUGGCUUUUUGAAAACACUUAUAACUACAUAAAUUUGCUCUUAGAAGUUCAUAAAAAUAUGUUCACAACUGUUUUUCUGUGAACAAUACAAUAUUAGACGAAAUUAACUUGUAAAGAGUUGUAUUUGUCUUCAAAUAAAAGGUUCCAUCAUUAA